AUGAUAAGUAGCUCCGGCAAAUUGCCUGGAUUCACUGACAGAGCGACACACCCAUCGAAGCCACCUAUGGAGCUCUCAGCAAGCAUCAACCCGUACAUUUGUCCCACUGCCGUAUUUCUGGACCCCUCCGAGUAUGGCUUUUCAGGACUGAGUGACGCCAGCGGCACCUCAGAGCCUUAUGCCACGGACCAACAUGGCUCCUCCGCCGAGCUCCAUGCGCGUCUACGCCAAGAGCUCGAGGGUCCUGUUUCUUGGAGGAUCGACGGCUGUGCCCGACUGGGCACACAGUUCUUCGCCGUUCCCACAGCCAUUGCCGAUGAUGGCCAAGUUCCUUUACGGCGGAUUGACGUCUACACCCCAGAUCAAACUCGGCACCACCCACAGAUAUCCAAGAUCCUCAGGUCCACAGAAACUACGUUUGCCAGCGGGUCGACCAUCAAUGAGUUGCCGUUCGCUCGAUACAUAUUGCGUGUGCUCACCAGGUGGUCGAAUACCGUCUUGAAUUUUGUUCAUAUAUAUCGGGCCAUGCCAUUCGGGUCACGCAUCAUCAUCGAGACCAUCUCCCCAGAUCUUGACACAGUCAAAGUUCGGUUCUAUCCUAUGCCAGACAUCGAGAAGCUCUUCGUAACCGUCGGCUCUCUACAACUCGCUUGGCCUAAUCUCCAACUCCCCCCGAUAUUGCUCCUUGAUCAUCUACGGCUUCGGAGACAGAUCCAUGACACAAUCUCUCUGGUGCGACUGCCUCACGGUUCAAGUGAUGAGCUUUGGGUCUUCAAGUCAAACAUUCAUGACCCCAAGUACCUGUACCACGAGCUCAAGAUGCUUCUCCUCCUCGACGAGCACCCUGGCAUGUUGCGCAGCCCCAAGUACUUGGUCGCCCUGCAAGAUCAUCUAUCCAUGUCCACCAAGGUAUGCGGCUUCAUUGUCCCUUUCUAUCCUAUGGGGAACCUGGCAGGCAUGAUCGAUCGCCGACGGAUCGAAGGGACUCUGACAUUCGACACCAAGCUGGGGUGGGCACGCCAAAUCACUCAAGUUCUUUCCUGGCUUCUGAAAUCUCCUGCACGGUAUUACUCGGAACUGAAACCCGAUAAUGUCAUUUGCUCGGGGUGGGAUCAAGUGAUUCUAAUUGACAUGGAGCAAUCUGGCAACUGGGAGACAUUCACUGCACCUGAAAUCCACCAUGUUGAGAAUCUCCGCAGGUUGGCUGAAUCGAAAUAUGUGCCGGAGGAGAAGAGGGAGUUGUACCGCGCUCUGCUCCGAGAGCACCUUCCAGGCAGGGACCUGGGUAAGGGGAUGGCUUACUCGAACCCAGAAGAAGGAUACUUUGAUAUCUGGAAUUUGCUGUCCCCCAGCUGUCGCGAGUCAGCCAUGGUUUAUUCCCUUGGCAAACUCAUGUGGUGCAUUUUCGAAGGUUGGAGCCACACUCAGAACAACAUGGGAGAGGAUUACCGCUUCGAUUGCGAGUGGGAGUUCCCCGAGUUCCGCAUUUCACCCCCAAACAUCCGUCAGCUCAUCCGCCAGUGCACCAAGGGGGCCCCAGACUGGGCUGUUGACAAGGAUGACAGCAUCGUCCGGGUUGCAUCUAGUAUCUAUCCCAGGGGGAAAACCGGCCUUCAUGGAGAACCUAAGGCCUCGGGGAUGGAGACUUUGCUGUUUUGCAAGGACAUGUGGGAAAGGCGGAUUCAGAAAAUGGAUCAUUACUUGGAGGCUAAGCUGCGGUGGGAGAGAGGUGCAGCCCAUGCCACAGACGCAGAGCUAUUAGGUUUCCCCUUGAGACCGAAGUUAAGAGAUGUCCUAGAUAGACUUACUUAA